UGCGGCCCGGAGCAGCCUGAUGACGGCACCGCCGUCUCCCUCCCGAUGACGGCAGCGGGUGGGCGGGGCCAGGCCCCCCUCCAAUCCCGGCCGGCGCUGAGGGCAGCGGGAGGCCGAGCCUCAGCCGUCCGUGCGGGGGGCCGACUGAGGGCCGGGGCCCGGCUGGAGCGGCAGCGGCAGCGGGGAGGACAGGCGGCAGGUUCGGCCGCCAUGGCGUCGGCGGCGGUGGAGGCGCUGAGUGAGAACCCGGAGGCGCUUUUCCUCGAUGCUUCCGAGCUUCUGCUGCGCUACGCGGACAACAUCCUGCGGAACCCGAAUGAAGACAAGUACAAAUCAAUUAAGAUUGGAAAUCAAACCUUUUCAAACAGAUUACUGCCAGUCAAGGGAGCUGUUGAGUGUCUCUUUGAAAUGGGAUUUCAAGAGGAGGAAACACACCUUGUAUUUCCUAAAAAUGGUUCAGUACAGAGGCUGCAAAGAAUUAGAGAUCUAAUUGCUGCUGAAAGGAGUCGGAGGACAACUGCUAAUAAAUCAGCCCCAAUAUCAGCACCACUUUCAGCUUCUGCCCGUGCCCAACCAAGUCAGUCUGAAACCUCCUUCCGUGCACUGCCAUUUUUCAAUGAAACGCCUCAGCAACUGCCAGCUCAGAUAUCCAGGCCAGCUACCAUGAAUUCUGCAAGGAGUCUUUUGGCAACGUUAAAAACACAUUUUCAGGAGGUCUUGAUGUACGAGGACACUAGACUUCAACAAAAAGCCUUGGCCUGUAUACCUGUCCAAGAACUGAGAAAAAGAGCUAAUGAGAAGUUAUUAAGUGCUACAAAACUGGAUCCAGGGGCUACAGUAAACCUGGAAGAUUUUUUGUUGUUGGAGCUUCUACGGUGGUUUAAAGAAGAUUUUUUCCAAUGGGUAGACUCUCUUCGCUGUAACACGUGUGGAGAAGUAACAGAAUCAUCGGGUUCACUUCCACCAUCCAGUGAAGAUCGAAGAUGGGGUGCUGAAAGAGUUGAAAAUCAUCUUUGCCGUAAAUGUCACACCAGCAAUAGAUUUCCAAGGUAUAACCAUGCAGAGAAACUACUGGAAACCAGGAGAGGGCGGUGUGGAGAAUGGGCCAAUUGCUUCACACUCUGCUGCAGAGCCAUGGGGUUUGAAGCAAGAUUUGUCUGGUGUACAACAGAUCAUGUGUGGACAGAGGUUUAUUCUGUCUCCCAGAAAAGGUGGCUGCAUUGUGAUCCCUGUGAAAAUGUCUGUGACAAACCACUCCUGUAUGAAAUUGGAUGGGGAAAGAAGUUGUCUUACGUUUUUGCAUUUUCAAAGGAUGAGGUGAUUGAUGUUAGCUGGAGAUAUUCAUGCAAGCAUACGGAGCUUCUGACGCGCAGAACACAACUCGGGGAAGGAUUGCUCCGAGAAACCAUUAACAAAUUAAAUUCUGAGAGAAAACACUUUCUUCCACAAGAGAGGAAGCAGGAACUUUUGGAACGGUACAUUGUUGAACUUGUAGAAUUCAUUUCGCCAAAGACCCCUAAUCCAGGAGAACUCGGUGGAAGAACAUCAGGUUCUGUAAUGUGGAGAGUAGCUAGAGGAGAAACUGGAGCCCAGGCUCAGAAUGAUGGAUUCAGUUUUACAGCUACUGAAAAAGAAAAAGCUGCAAAAUUAUUUCAUCUCAAAUACAAUGCAGCUGAAAAUCACUAUAUUCGAGUCUCCAACGACAAUGAAAUCAUUCAUGGCUGGGAAAAAGGUGUAUGGAAAAUGGAUUCUGUGUUUCGAAAAGUUGAACAGGACUGGAAAAUGGUAUACAUUGCUCGCACAGAAGGAGCAACAUCUGCCAAAGUCAGCUGGAAGUUUGAAUGUGGUUCAGUGGGUCUGAAGAUUGUCAAUGUUUCCAUUCGAUCCACCAGCCAGACAUUUCAAAGUGGAAGAGUUCAAUGGCAUCUAGGUUCAAAUUUGAUCAAUGUAGAUCUAAGUGGGGAUCAAGGUGUUCAUUCACUCGCUAAUUUUGAUGGAUCUACUGAAUUAGUUUUGGAAGCUGAGAUGAGUGGUGGUGAUGGAGAUGUUGCAUGGCAGCAUACUCAGCUCUUCAGACAAAGCUUGGAUGAUCAUCAAGAGUAUCCUAUGGAAAUCAUAAUAACUCUUAAGGAUAUUUAGAUUAAGGAUGAAUAUCAAUGGCAUCAACUGAAAUGUUCAAAUUAUUCAGACCAUGUAUUUUUUUAUUAAUGCAUUGAAUAGUACAGGAAUUUGCACUAAAAAUAUUUUCAGUACCAUACUUUGAAUCUUGAUUGGGACUGACGUGAACAUUUGUCCACAAAGGGGAAUAUAAGUAAAAUAUAAAGUUAUAAGAUUGCUUUCUUGUAUCAUUUGGUGAAUAAAAGUUAACUACUCGUGUUUUA